AUGGGUGGUUGAUGGUUGAAGCAGAAACAAGUGAUAAGCCGUUAGUAAGCAUGUCUGCGAGCGCUGCACUCUCCUCCACAACUUCACACCUCACUCUCCUUCCUUCUCUCCCUUCCACCGCUCCACUUUCUCUUAGAUUUUCCUUCCCUUUCCGGGAAAACAGAAACCAAAUUUCACCUCUCACAACCCUUUUCCCUCACAAGCACCCGUUUUCAUCAGCAAGGCCUGCCAGAGUCUUGGUGAAAUCUCAGGCUACUGCACCUGCUUCUACUGAGGCUGUGAAAGUGACACCUGUGCCUUCUGACAUGAAGGCCUGGGUCUAUGGAGAGUAUGGGGGUGUGGAUGUUUUGAAGUUUGAUUACAAUGUUGCUGUACCUGAUUUGAAGGAGGAUCAGGUCCUUGUUAGAGUUGUUGCUGCAUCUCUUAACCCUGUUGAUGCCAAGAGAAGGCAGGGGAAGUUCAAGGCCACUGAUUCUCCUCUUCCGACUGUUCCGGGCUAUGAUGUUGCUGGUGUGGUGGUGAAGGUUGGUAGUCAAGUAAAGGACUUCAAAGUGGGUGAUGAAGUAUAUGGGGAUGUAAAUGAGAAAGCACUGGAAGGGCCUGAGCAGUUUGGGUCUCUGGCUGAGUACACUGCUGUUGAGGAGAAAUUGCUGGCACCAAAACCUAAGAAUUUGGACUUUGCUCAAGCUGCUUCUCUUCCUCUAGCCAUUGAGACGGCUUAUGAGGGUUUGGAGAGGACUGGAUUUUCUUCUGGCAAAUCUAUUCUUGUUCUAAAUGGCUCUGGUGGAGUUGGAAGCCUAGUGAUUCAGCUAGCUAAGCAAGUUUUUGGAGCUUCAAGAGUUGCUGCAACUUCAAGCACUAGAAAUUUGGAGCUGUUGAAAAGCUUGGGAGCUGAUUUGGCUAUUGACUACACAAAGGAGAACUUUGAAGACUUGCCAGAAAAAUUUGAUGUAGUUUAUGAUGCCAUUGGGCAAUGUGACAGGGCUGUGAAGGUUGUGAAAGAAGGUGGAAUUGUGGUAGCACUCACAGGUGCAGUUACACCACCUGGCUUCAGAUUUGUAGUCACUUCCAAUGGAGCUGUUCUGAGGAAAUUAAACCCUUAUUUAGAGAGUGGAAAGGUGAAACCAGUUAUAGACCCCAAAGGUCCAUUCCCCUUUGCACAGGUUGCUGAAGCCUUCUCUUACCUUGAAACAAACCGAGCUACAGGAAAGGUUGUUGUACAUCCCAUCCCAUGAAUCAAAUAAAAGGGAUAGGCAAUUUUGCUUUUUGUGUGUAGUAAUGUUACACAAUGUAUGAGUAAAGCUGAGUUCUGAUUACAGUUAGAAAAUAUAAAAAAAACUUCACUCUUU